AUGAAUCUAAUUAAGAAUAGAGGAUCAUUGUAAAAUGAGAGACAUUUAAUUUAAUAAUAUCUCUUUACCAAAUUUUUUCGAAACAGAAGUGGAUUAAAUGAGGAAAAUUUUGUUUCUUAAAAGAAAGUAAUUUAAUAGAGUUAUAACAAUAAAUAAAAUUAAGAAGUCCUUAGAGAAAGAGAUUAUUAGCUAGCUAGCUAUCUAAAUUAUUAAAAUAAAGCACUCGGGGAGAAAAAACAAAAUUUCUUUCAAAUUAAUAUUCACAGCAUCAUCUAAAUAUAAGAAAUUGCAGGUGUCGAAUCAAACAAGGCCUACACAGCACAAUAAAAUUAGCUUAAAGCAAAGAGGAAACUACUAAACAAGUACAAAAAAUAAUAAUAUAAAUAAGUUUUAAACAUGUCUUAGCUUGAAGAAUACUUAGAAAAAAUAAAUCAUUUACCUAUUGAUGUCAACAGAUAAUUGCGCUUAAUAAAGGAAUUAGACAUCAGAAUAUAAGAAGGGUCAAGAAAAUUGUAGGAAUUACAAGAAGAAUACCUCGCAUAGUUGAGAUAGGCGAAGGAUAAAAAAUAGGAAUCUAAAAAUUUAAAAGAAAAAAGAAGAAAUAUUGAACGAUUGUAGAGAGAAGUUCUAGGUCAAUCGAAAGAAAAAGUAGGAAUUGCAGAAUAGAUGUACUCAUCAGUAGAUUAGUCUAUAAUUGAAUUAGAAAAAGAUUUGAAAAAGUUAGAUGAAUAAUUAAGAUAAAACUAAGUUGCGCAAGAGUAAUAUAUGGCUAGAGAAAAGAAUGUAUAAUAAGAAACGACUAUAAAGAAGAAGCCUAAUAAAAAAGAAACUAAACAUUUGGAUAAAACAAAUAAACGCACAGAGAGACAGACAUAUUAAAAUGUAGAAGCUUAGUAUAAUGAUGCUGGAUUUGAUUAGAAUGAACCUAAAUAUUGCUAUUGUGAUAAACCUUAUUACGGAAAUAUGAUUUAUUGUGAGUCAGAAUAUUGUGAAAGAGAAUGGUUCCAUUAUGAAUGUGUAGGUAUUACAGAAGCUCCUGAAGGUAGUUGGUUUUGCAAAGACUGCCUUAAGAAAUAAAAGAAAUGA